AUGAGGCUAUCUUAUUUACUAUCAACUUUAGCUAUUGCACUUUCCGUUCAAACUGCAGCUAUUCAAACUCAACUCAAAGAACAAGGGCUUUCUUUAAGCCACCAAAUCGAGACCGAUAAUCAAUUGACUACCGCUGAGACUAAGUCAUAUGAAAGAGAAAUACGAGAAGAAGAAGAAGAAGGAAAAAGUGUUGACGAGCAAGAUACAACUCAAGUAGAGAAGAAUGUGCAGGAAUUGCUGGAUAGGGGUUUUGGUGGUUUUCGAGGGGGUGGAUUCUCGUCGCUGUCUGGAUCCCGUGGAGGUUAUUCAUCCUCCUCGGGAUAUUCCUCAGGGUCUUCUGGUUUAGGUUCAUCUGGAGGUUCAUCAAGUCUGUCAAGCUCUUCUGGGGCUUCUGGAGGAGGAGUCUCUUCGUCUGGUGGCUCAUCUAGUGGGUCAAGUGGUUCUGGUAGCUCUGGCUCAACUGGUUCAACUGGUUCAACGGGAGCUGGAUCCGGCGUUUUAGUUGGCGGGGCUGUUGGGUUGGGAGCAGGGGCGGCACUUGGAUCAAGUGGAAGUAGCUCGGGUGGGUUAAGCUCCAAUUCUACAAACUCAACAACUGAAAACAGCACUUCUUCCAGAACAUCCAAUGGUAACUCACUCAAAAUUUUUGAUGUGAAACAUCUUUUAUUGAUCGUGUUCAUCUAUGCUUUGCUUUAG